AUGGUCUUGCCUGCACGACUAGCAACGCCCUGUGCGCAUAUUGAUGUAUGGAUUGAGUCGGCGACAUCGUCCACACCUGCACCACAGCCUGCUCUUCCGUCGCAAGAGUCGUCACAUAUGCCUAUGAUGGCCUCGCCCCCCUCUCGCACGGGAUCACCUUCGAUGGGCCCCCAAAGCGAUGGCGGGUUUAGCGCUGCGAGCCUACUGGAUCCUGAUGCAUGGCUAGAGGGGGUAGCCUCGCCGCCUUCGAGCCCUGUUGCUGUGCCUAGUCGUUCGUCUUCGGACGUUCGGCCCCACGAGAUGUAUAUUCAUUGCCGCACAACGUCCCAUGCGGACACGGCGAUUGAGGCGAUGGCCGGGUGUACAGCCGCAUGUAUUUCGAUGUGUGAUGCCGUGCAUACAGCUACAGGCGCGUAUCCUACCAUUGAGCAGGUCCAAAUCCUGCCAUGA